GACUCUUAAUUAACAACUUUGUUUAAUCUUAAUUGGGAAAACAACUUACCAUGCUCAACCUCUACAUAAAGCCCAGCUAAGCUUGAGCUAUACUCAGCAUUUUCUCUCCCUCUCUCUCUCUCUCUCUCUCUCUCCAUCUCUCUCUGUGUGUAAACAUGACAAACGCCAUGGCAGAUGCUCUGAGUGAAGAACAGAUUGUCGAGUUUAAGGAAGCCUUUUGCCUGUUUGACAAGGAUGGAGAUGGUUGCAUUACUAUUGAAGAAUUGGCGACUGUUAUUCGGUCGUUGGAUCAGAAUCCGACGGAGGAGGAGCUUCAGGACAUGAUAAACGAAGUUGACGCCGACGGAAAUGGGACUAUAGAGUUUGCAGAGUUCUUGAACUUAAUGGCCAAGAAGAUGAAGGAGACUGAUGCGGAGGAGGAGCUUAAAGAGGCUUUCAAAGUAUUUGACAAGGACCAAAAUGGGUAUAUAUCAGCUAAUGAGUUGAGGCAUGUAAUGAUCAAUCUGGGUGAAAAACUUACCGAUGAAGAAGUGGAGCAGAUGAUCAGGGAAGCCGAUCUGGACGGUGAUGGACAAGUCAACUACGAAGAAUUUGUCAAAAUGAUGAUGACCAUCGGAUAAUUAAGCAUCUCAGGAAUAUUAUUGAAGAAAUUUCUUAUUCAAAUUCAUUAAUUAUCGACCUCCAGAUAAAUAAGUGUGAUUAUUUGAUAGAGUAAUGAUUUAUUGUCACCUUUUUAUACAACUUCUUAUCACCUUACUUAUGUAGUAAGACGGUCUCCCACCUUAUUUUAUUUUUAAAACUCAAAAAGUAGUAAGGGACUACCUUGCCACAUAGGUAAGGUGGUGAAAAAUUGUAUAAAAAUGCGGCAAUGAAUCAUUACUCUAUUUGAUAUUCUGUUGUUGUAGCUUAAGCUGAUGAAUAUGUCAAUGACCCAAGAAUUAGAAUGACUUUACCCUCA